CCUGGACCUCGCGGCUGGCCAAUUGUCGGCUACCUGCGUACCAUCGAAGAACCCGUAAGUAGCGCAUACAGACAGUGGAGCGAAAUCUAUAAAUCCGACAUAGUAGGCGUGAAUAUACUGGGGAACAACAUUGUCAUAGCGAACACACUCAAAGUUGCGACUGGACUCUUGGAGACUCGAUCCGCCAUCUAUUCUGAUAGGUGUCUUACUAUGAUGAGAGAGCUGGUUAAAUUUGAUUGGAAUAUGGGAGUCGCGCGAUACGAUUCUCAUUGGCGCGACACUAGGAAGGCGGCCUCUCAAGGAUUUCACCAGCAAGCGAUCCUGCGCUACCGGCCGUCGAAAACCAAAGCGACACUCAAGCUUCUCCGUAACCUCAUG